CGGUUGUCAUAGCGACGGAGGAUAGAUCCGGGGAGAGGGGCGGGGAUGCCGGGCUGACAUGGCGGCUCUGGAUAGGGUGAAGGUUCUGGUACUGGGGGACUCAGGAGUGGGGAAAUCUUCCCUCGUCCAUCUGCUGUGCCAGAACCAGGUGCUGGGGAACCCGUCCUGGACUGUCGGCUGUUCGGUGGAUGUGAGGCUCCACGAAUACAAGGAGGGGACCCCGGAGGAGAAGACGUUUUUCAUCGAACUUUGGGACGUUGGGGGAUCGGUCGGGAGCGCCAGCAGCUUAAAGAAGGCCAGAGCCGCCUUCUACAACGGCAUCAACGGUAUCCUCCUCGUCCAUGAUCUCACCAACAAGAAGUCAUCUCAGAAUCUGCACCGCUGGCUGCUGGAGUCUCUCAACAAAGAUCUACAGCCGACGGGUGUGCUGGUGACUGGUGGGGACUAUGACCGGGAAAAUUUUGCCGAUAACCAGAUCCCCCUGCUGGUCACCGGGACUAAACUGGACCAGAUCCCGGAGGCCAAGCGCACCGAGGUCCUGAUCCGCACCGCGUUCCUGGCGGAAGAUUUCAAUGCCGAAGAGAUGAAUCUGGACUGCAACAACACACGUGGCCUCGCCGCCGGAUCCUCCAAUGCUGUCAAACUUAGCAGGUUCUUUGACAAGGUAAUCGAGAAGAGAUAUUACUCCAGGGACACCAGCGCGAUUCCAGGAUACUCAGACCGGAAGCGGUUCGGAGGAUCAUUCAAGAGCCUGCACUAUGACUGAGAUAAUGGACUCCGGUUUUUGGAGGAUUGAACCUGUUCUGCCCCGAACGUGUCGGGGGGAUAUAUUACCUGCUGUGUUUUGCUGGUCCUCCUGUUUGCUGGACACCACCAGGGGGGGGGGUCAUAGAGAGAACGAAACGCGUCGUCCCGGAACAAUCCCAUUCUCCGCUACGAGAAAACGGUGAUCUGUUAUGGAAAACGUCUUUCAUUUUGUCACGUUUAUCUUCGACGCGUUUUUUUCCCCUUUGUACUGAAUGUUAUACUGAGGACAUCAAUGCAAGAAAUAAAUAUAAAUGUAAUAAAUACAAA